GAAAAUAGUGUGUGUCGAGACGGCGAGCAACGGCGUGCCAGUUGUUUAAUCGAGCAGUCGACCACAGCGACCCCAUUUGGAAGCAUGACGCUCUCUGUGCCCACCGCUUCGAUGGUGUGCCUGGCGGUCGCGGUGUUCGCUAUGGUCGUGUGCGCCACUUGGGUCGAAAGCGCGUGUCCGAGCGCGAGAGGCGUGUUCAGCGACUGCGCCUACAGCCAGUGCACUCCGGAGAGCUGUGCCGCCCGUGGUCUGGAAUGCUGCCCCAAGCCUUGCGGGGGAACCUGGUGUGUCAAAGGUGUCGGCCCCAAACGCUCACGGCGGGCUCCAUUCCGCUGUCCUACGUUUGUGCCCCCUCCGGACAAUUGCGAAGGGCUACGCAGCAACGCCACCUGCUUUCAAUUAGGCUGUAAAUCGAAAGCCUCCAUCUGCUGCUACGGGCCAUGUGGGACCCCCUUCUGCCUGAAAGUGUGACAGCGUUCGGCCCCUGCCCAGUUCCAUGCGCACUGAUAACGCCCAGCUGAUACACUGCUCCGUCGCGUCAGAAUAAAUUGAAAUCUGAACAUGUUAUUGAAUGUUAUUGAAGUUAUGCUUUGAAUGUAUGCUCGCCGAAAACAGUCUUGACAGCAAAUCAUGCCGUAGGCGCGAAUUGAAUUAGUUUCUCUAAACCGAUACUUUGAUUCUUUUGCACAAUCUCAUGAGAUGUCAUUACGUAUGCGGUUUUAUUUAUUGUACUGUUGAUUGAUCUUUUGCCGUAUAUGCAUAAGCGUGUGAAUAUUCGGCAUCUUUGCUUUUUUGUAUUUAGAAUUACACGAACCUGUGUUGUGUUGCUUGUACCAGGCUGCUAAACUGCGUCGCGCUCAGAUGCCUCGACAAGCUCAGUCCGGCUUUUCUUCUGAUGCCAUCGGCAUCUCCUUCCGCUGGAAAUAAAGCGCUAAAUUCUUUCAUUAAUUCAUUACUCGAAUUAACAGCUUAGUAACUGAUUCAUUGAUUUAAAUAUUAUUGGAUGAACGGGAUAAUUUAUCGAUUGAUUAUGAAUGCACAACUUUCAACCCCCUCGCUGUGUUUAGUUUUUGACUCAGGUGAACUUCACAUCCAGCUAAAACAACGUACCUCGGGUGCCUUCCCCUCUCUAUCGCAUAUUAUUUUGCACACAAUUCAUAUGUUUCUUUUUUUUCAGCGCCGUAACCUGAUUCUUUUUAUGCCCUGUUUUAUUGCACUGUUUUCGCUCAAAUGGAUAUCUCUCAAUAAAAUUCUGGGGAAAACAUU